AUGGGGCUGGGAUCCACGGUGGCGGCAGUGAGGAGCACCAGAGUGUUUCUGGGUAACCAACAAGUCGGGCCUGCCGUCAUCCUCAUACGGGAUGGGAAAAUACACCAGGUGCUACCCGGCUGGGAAAUUACCAAGGACGUGGAGGUGUUGGAUGCGGGAGAUAGCGUAGUGAUGCCGGGAAUAGUGGAUUGUCACGUCCAUGUCAACGAGCCGGGACGCACCUCCUGGGAAGGGUUCUGGACGGCUACCAAGGCGGCGGCGGCGGGAGGCGUCACCACCAUCGUGGACAUGCCGCUAAAUAGCAUCCCACCGACAACCACGCUGGCUAAUUUCCAGGAGAAGCUGCGCGAGGCCACGGGCAAAUGCUUCGUGGACACUGCCUUCUGGGGGGGCGUGAUUCCCGGCAAUCAGCUUGAGCUUCUGGCCAUGAUCCAAGCCGGGGUGGCCGGCUUCAAGUGCUUCCUGAUCCACAGUGGCGUGGAGGAGUUCCCUCACGUGAGCCAGGGAGACCUGCAUGCCACCAUGGAGCAGUUGAGAGGAACGGGAAGUGUCAUACUGUUUCACGCUGAGAGAGAAGUUCAACAGACCAUCAAGAGCAAUGGCGACCCGCGCCAGUAUGCCACCUUCCUGCAGUCCAGACCCAACGUAAUGGAGAUGGAGGCCAUCCGCAUUGUGGUACAACUCUGCACCGAAUACCAGGUGCGCUGCCAUGUGGUUCACUUGUCUUCGGCCCAACCGCUGCCCCUCAUCCAGGAGGCCAAGAAGGGCGGUGCCCCCCUGACAGUGGAGACCACCCACCACUACCUGAGCCUGAGUGCAGAGAACAUACCAGCAGGGGCCACGCAGUUCAAGUGCUGCCCACCCAUUAGAGGGGCUCAGAACCAGGAUCAGUUGUGGGCAGCGCUGAAGUCGGGCCACAUUGACAUGGUGGUGUCGGACCACUCCCCCUGCACGCCCGACCUCAAGAAACUGGACUCUGGAGACUUCACUCAGGCUUGGGGAGGAAUUUCUUCUCUCCAGUUUGGCUUGCCUCUGUUCUGGAGCUCGGCCAGUCGGAAGGGCUUUCAACUGGCGGAUGCCGUGCGCCUCCUGUGCCAGAACACGGCCCAGCUGUGCGGCCUGGGACAGCAGAAAGGCAGCCUGGCACCGGGUUACGACGCUGACCUCGUCAUCUGGGACCCUGAGAGAGAAUUUGAGAUUAAAGAAGAAGGCAUACAUCAUAAGAACAAGAUAACUCCGUACAUGGGAGUGUCGCUCCGUGGCGUGGUGAGGUCCACCAUCGUGAGGGGACGUCUGGUGUACCGCGACGGCUCCUUCAGCGCCGAACCCCUGGGGAAGACCCUCCUCGUACCCCCGAGGACCACCUCUCAUGCUGACGCCUGAAGAACGAGGACAAGGGGACAAAGUCAUGCUACAAAAAAGAGGCAGUACAAAUAUACAAGCACUAUAUUAUGUAGUUUUAAGUGUUUCUAAUGUCUUCUUCUAAUCUCUUAUACCCUCUAAAAGACAAAUAUUUUAAUUCUAAAAAGGCUAAACAAAGUAAUAAACUAAUAAAAAUAAACUAUUAACUCAUUCACUGUCAUUGACAGAUAUAUAUGUCAAAUAUUCAUUUAACUGGAAAGGCUGGCAGUGAAUUAAAAACUAUCCAUCCAUCCAUCCAUCCAUUUUCUGAGCCGCUUCUCCUCACAAGGGUCGCGGGAGUGCUGGAGCCUAUCCCAGCUAUCAUCGGGCGGGAGGCGGGGUACACCCUGAACCGGUCGCCAGCCAAUUGCAGGGCACAUAGAAACAAACAACUCACAUUCACACCUACGGGCAAUUUAGAGUCUCCAAUCAACUUACCAUGCAUGUUUUUGGGACACGUAUGUAUAUUUGUAUAUAUUAUAUGCAUACAUGGAGUAAAUAAAUAUGUAUAUUUGUAUAAUAUAUAAACGCUAGACUAUUUCAAAAUCUAUCAAAAACUACCAUCCAAACUAUCAUAAAAGAAAUCCCCCCCCCCCCCCCCCCCAAAAAAAAAAUAAACUAUACUAUAAAAAUGCUCCUUCUUUGUAUGGUAUACAUUUUUGUAUCUUUUUUCUUUGAAAAAGUUCAAACUUCCUUGUAUUUGUUUAAUAAAUAUAAAAAUGUAUGUAAAAGUGCAUUUAAAAUUAUACCAUAGGUUUUAUAUUUUAUAAUGAAAACACAUUUGUGCAAUAUAU